ACUGGCCGCUACUUUUCGUCACAGCGACACCCAUAGCGCGCAAUUAUGGCGACGAAACGAAAGGCUGCCGCUAUGGCUACAGCCGAAGAUGACGACCCGGUCGACCCUUCGGAUGAGCUGGUUUUUAUCGGACUCGGCGGAUGUCAAGAGGUGGGAAGAUCAUGCCAUAUCUUGCAGUACAAGGGGAAGACUGUCAUGCUUGACGCCGGUAUGCACACUGGUCGAGAAGGAAUGUCGGCCAUGCCGUACUUUGAUGAUUUCGACCUCAGUACUGUGGAUAUUCUUUUGAUCAGCCAUUUCCAUCUGGAUCACGCAGCUGCGCUUCCUUACGUCCUCGCGAAGACCGACUUCAGAGGCAGAGUCUUCAUGACACAUCCAACCAAAGCGAUCUACAAAUGGCUCAUACAAGACUCAGUCCGGGUCAGCAAUACUUCGUCCACCUCGGACCAGAGAACUUCGCUAUACACGGAAGCCGAUCACAUUAACACCCUUCCCCAGAUCGAGACUAUCGACUUCUAUACUACGCAUACAGUGUCAGGUGUCAGGAUAACACCAUAUCCAGCUGGCCAUGUCCUGGGGGCUGCCAUGUUCCUGAUCAACAUUGCUGGACUCAAUAUCUUCUUCACAGCGGAUUACUCUAGAGAACAAGAUCGCCAUCUGGUCGCUGCUGAAGUGCCCAACAAGACAACUGUUGGCAAGAUCGACGUCCUCAUCACGGAAUCGACUUUUGGUAUCUCAAAUGCACCUCCUCGCGCCGAAAGAGAAGCAGGAUUACUCAAGGGUGUUUCCAAUAUUAUAAAUCGAGGAGGCAAGGUAUUGAUGCCUGUGUUUGCUCUGGGUCGAGCACAAGAACUUUUGCUCAUACUGGAAGAUUACUGGCAACGGCACCCGGAGCUACAAAAGAUUCCGAUCUACUACACAGGAAACACAGCGCGAAAGUGUAUGGUCGUAUACCAGACUUACAUCAAUGCCAUGAACGAUAACAUCAAACGAAUCUUUCGGGAGCGUAUGGCCGAAGCCGAAGCCGCUGGAAACGCCAAAGGCGUCAGUGCUGGGCCUUGGGACUUCCGCUUCGUACGAAGUCUGCGUAAUCUUGAUCGAUUCGACGAUGUGGGCGGAUGCGUUAUGUUGGCAUCUCCUGGUAUGCUGCAGUCAGGCAUGUCACGCGUCCUUCUUGAACGUUGGGCACCCGAUCCGCGCAACGGAGUGCUCAUGACUGGUUAUAACGUCGAGGGCACCAUGGCGAGGACGAUUCUAUCGGAACCGGAAAUGAUUCCAGCAAUAAUGAGCGGCGGACACGCCGGUGCAGGGCAGAAUAUGGGUCGAAAAGUCAGGGACGACGAUGCGGCGGUGAUGAUUCCUCGACGAUGCACGGUCGAGGAGUUUCAGUUCGCAGCACACGUUACUGGGGUUGAGAACGUCGAGUUUAUCGAACAAGUCGCAUCACCUCAUGUCAUUCUUGUGCAUGGAGAAAGAUCUCAAGCAGCAAGAUUAAGGUCAAGAUUGCUGGACCUUAACUCGAGACGGUUGGCAAGCAACCCCAAGGCACAUCAAACCAAAGUCUACAGCCCCGAGAAUGGCGCCGAAGUCAAAAUCCCCUUCAGAAAGGACAAGAUCGCAAAGGUUGUGGGCAAACUCGCUCAGAUACCGCCGCCAAACUCAGCUGAUUCUGAUGACUCGAGGGUUGUCAGCGGCGUUCUGGUGCAGAACGGGUUCAAACUUAGCCUUAUGGCGCCUGAGGAUCUUCGGGAGUAUGCUGGUUUGACCACUACUACCAUCCUAUGUCGACAGCACAUCACUCUUGCCACAGCAGGAAUUGAGCUCAUUCGCUGGGCUUUAGAAGGCACUUUCGGCAGCAUUGAGGAGACUAGUCACGUCAAGUCCGAGGCUAACGGCCACACAGGCCAGAACAGAUCUAAUGGCGUUAAAGACGAGGAGGAAGCGGAUGAGGAAAUUGUGCCGGAGCCACAACGGACCUUCCUCAUUAUGGGCUGCGUUGCCCUCAAAUGGUCAGGCCGAGAGAAACAGAUCGAAUUGGAAUGGGAAGGGAAUACUAUGAAUGACGGUAUUGCUGAUGCUGUUAUGGCAGUAUUGAUGACGGUCGAAAGCAGCCCUGCAGCGGUCAAAUACUCGUCGUCCAAGUCCUCACACCACCACCAUCAUGUGCAUGAGCAGAACGGAAUCUCAUUCCCGCACAACGAGCACAAAAACAUAUCAUCAGACGACAGGUUCUCCAGGCUAUGCAUGUUCCUGGAAGAACAAUUUGGCGAUCAUGUCGCGCCUAUCGAAACACCGAAAGUGUCCGUUCAACCAGACACUAAGGGCACGCCAGCAGCAGAUGCGGAGGUGAAAGAAGAGCAAUCAGACGAGGAAAUUGACAUCGAAAGCGCCCAAGCCGCCGAGCGCGCGAGACUUGCAGCCAUGGGUAUCCCGGUACCAGGACUGGAGAUAAGAGUCGACAAGAACGUGGCGAAACUCUGGCUGGAGCACCUCGACGUUGAGUGCGGCAACGCUGUUCUACGUGAUCGCGUCAAGGCUGUGGUUGAGAGGGCCGUGGAGACUGUUGCCCCGUUGUGGGCAGUACGGGAACAAGUCAAAGUUUGA